UGCCCUGCACAGUGAGCUCUAAUUGGGAUUUGAUAUUGGAGGAGGAUGUGGGCAGCAUAACAUUUGUUUCCUUUGAAAAUUCUCAGCACUGUUUACUUGCUUAAACAAGGUUGUGUAAAGGCCAAAUAUCAGUUGUCUCAAAACAUAUCCAAUAUUAUAACCCAGAGAUCUUUUGAUCCUUUGGCCCUCAUGCCUUUCAUGUCUGAAUCUGAUACCUGUUACUCAACUACUUAUUUAUAGAAAGCUCAACAAUGAAGUUGUCAAGAAAGUAAUCUGUCAGGUGUAUGUGCUUUAACAGAUCGUGUAUAAAUGUGAAACUCUUUCUUGCCUUAAAAAUUUCCAUUGCUCUCAGUUGCUCUGGCUACUUUUGUCUUACACAGAUUAAUGGUAUCUGGAAAAGAGGUUGGCUUUGUAGUCCUGUUGUGAAACAUGUAGUUCAAGUAGUUCAUGUUUUGUCUUGUCUGGGAUAAUUCCAAUAUAAUUGUGUUUACCAUCUUUUCUCGUAGAACAGAAACAUGACACAAUUUUGCUCUUAGUAUUAUAUGACUCGGAGAAAUAAGAGGAAAAAGCAAGAAAGCUAUGUUCUUUCUUGCCAUUAACUCUGUAUUCCUCAGAGAAAAAUAUCGCAUGGGGAAGCCUGUGGUCUGUAGCUAGAGAUCUGCAUUUAUCAGACUCCUGUUAUGACAGUUCAGAUGCUUUAAAAAUCCAUUUGGGGCAUUAGAAAUAGGGAUGCAAUUUAAAGCAUUUCCACUGGUUUGACACAAAAAAGAAAACUGCUACAGAAGUUAAAAACAACUGUAGGAAGAGGAUUUAUGACUCCUCAAAUAUCCUUUUUAAAGAAGAGAUGGGUUUUUACAAAAUCUUAGGUGCAACAGCAUCAAUCUUACGAGCCUGGCUCAAUCAGUGCUCUGAGGAUUUCAGAGAGCCGCCCAACUACCCAUGUCUGCUGAAGCUGCUGGAUUACCUAAAGAAGAAUAUAUCUGGCUCUGACCCAGAGAGAAGGGCGCAGAACCUCUUGGAGCAGUUCCAGAACCAAGAAAUGGAAAAUGACAAUGAGUUCCAUAACACUUCCUCCAGUAACCAGUGUGAUGAGGAACAGCUGGAGAUCUGCAGUCCAGAAGAAUUCUCUUCUUUCCAAGAGUACCUUGUGGCAGAACAGUUGACAUACAUGGAUGCAGAACUCUUCAAGAAAGUUGUGCCACACCACUGCUUGGGAUGCAUCUGGUCUCAAAGGGAUAAGGAAGAAAACAAGCACGUGGCACCUACCAUCAGAGCUACUAUCUCUCAGUUCAACGCAGUUACCAACUGUGUUGUCAGCACUAUCCUGAAUAACAAGGAACUCAAAACACAGCAAAGAGCCAAAAUCAUGGAGAAGUGGAUUCGUAUUGCACAUGAAUGUAGGAUCCUGAAGAAUUUUUCCUCCUUAAGGGCCAUCAUUUCAGCUUUGCAGUCCAACUCCAUCUAUCGGCUGAAGAAGACCUGGGUAUGCAUUCCAAAGGACAUAAUGCUGAUGUUUGAAGAGCUGGGUGGUAUCUUCUCAGACCAUGACAAUUAUCUGACAACCAGGGAACUACUGAUGAAGGAAGGAACAUCCAAAUUUGCGAAUCUGGACAGCAGUGUGAAAGAAAAUCAGAAAAGGACACAGAGGCGACUGCAACUUCAAAAAGAUAUGGGAGUAAUGCAAGGCACAGUUCCUUACCUUGGGACCUUCCUCACUGAUCUCAUCAUGCUUGACACAGCCCUUCCGGACUAUGUUGAGGGUGGCCUGAUAAAUUUUGAGAAGAGACGAAGGGAAUUUGAAGUAAUUGCCCAAAUAAAGCUCCUGCAAUCUGCAUGUAACAGCUAUUGCAUGGCACCAGACCAAAAAUUCAUCCGGUGGUUCAGAAGGCAGCAGCAUUUAACUGACAAGGAGAGUUACGACCUUUCACGUGAGGUUGAAGCAGCUGCUGACACCAGCACCACAUCACCAAAAUCUCGAAAAAGCAUGGUGAAGAGGUUCAGUCUACUGUUUCUAGGCUCUGAGAUGAUUGCCCAUAGCACACCCAUCAAAGAGCAGCCCAAAUCUACCCCAGGUGGGAGCUCUGGUGAAAGCACAGACUCGGCCAGUGUUUCAUCAUGUGAGUUUAACCACUCUGAAGCUGAAGACGUCUGCAUCGGUCCCGUAGACACUCCUGACACUCUUGACACUCCUCAUGAGACUCAGAAAAAGCUCUCUAAAUCCUCCACCUUCAGUUCCAUCAGCUAUUCUAUGCAUGCAUCUCCCUUGGGGGUGGCAUCUGUAAUCUCAGCUCCUGCCGUGCUGUUCUCCAGUGACAAGUGCUCUAACUCUGUGACACCUGUUACCUCAAAAGAACUGUCUCCUGUUUACAACCAGCAGAAUAAAGAUAUGUGCGUCAUCCGAAUCAGCACAGAAGACAGCAAUGGCAAUAUGUACAAGAGUAUCCUGAUAACUAACCAAGACAAAACUCCUGCCGUUCUCCAGAGAGCUCUGUUAAAGCAUAACCUGGAAUCUGAUGCAGCUGAGGACUAUGAGCUUGUACAGGUCAUCUCUGAGGAUAAAGAGCUGGUGAUCCCAGACAAUGCCAAUGUGUUUUAUGCCAUGAACAGCCACGUGAACUUUGAUUUUGUCCUGCGGAAAAAACCUUCUGUCAACAUGGAUUUGAAAAUGAGGAGCCACUGCAAUCUAACACUCCCGAGAGCUGCCAAACAGGGGUGUUGGAGCAAUAGGCUCAGCAAAAUUACACUGUGAAGAAGGCAAGGCCACAUGGAGAACUGGCUGAGGCUUUUCCCUUUGCUACCAUCCAGUAUUACAGAAAAACAGCAGAUGGAUUUGUCAGUAUUCAACUUUGAAAACAGAAGACCUACAGCCAGCGAGGUGUCUUUUCUCCCUUGCAGCCUUAUAUGGACAGACAGAUGUGGAUUUACAGGACAGUAGGGACUGGAAUUUUUUGUUGUUGUUUUGUUUUGCACAUUAGCCUGGGAAGGUGAGAGCCCCAGUUAAAGGGGAAAACAGGACUGCAACAUUGGUCUAAGGAACAUGACACAAGCCAACUGUUUUUGUGAGAAAGCAUUUUACUUUGUGCCAGUAUUACACAGAAGAAAGUCUAAGCUUAUUUUUAUAAAAUUGGAGAAGAAAACUCUCAGUACAGUUGUGCUGGAACUAAGGAGGAGGUCCCAGCCAGCUUCCAGCUGACUGAUGGCAGCACUAAUUUGCAGAAGGUGUGGGUGAGCUGAGUGCCAGUGGCAGUUGCUGCCUCCAGGAAGCAUUUGAAUUUACCAAAAAUCAGGAUGGGUACUCAUCACUGGGGACAGCAGAAACUGCAAGCAUGUGUAUGACUCUCUCAUGCAGCUGGCACUUUUCUUUUUGCACUUGUUCUGCACCAGAAAAUUGCCUAUUUUGGAUUUUUUUUCUCCAGAGAAUUUUAAUAAAACAGGCUGCACUUGCUUUUGGAUGAAUGUCAUUGUUUGUUCAUGAACAAGGCAAAAACAAAUGCUACUUGUUGGGAUUUACGUCUUGUCUUAAUGCCACUGCAGGGUGGUUCCCCUUUUACUUUGCUAACCCACUGAACAGAAAUCAAUGCCUUUUGUAUGUACCCUUAAAUGACUGAUGUAUCUCUUUUUUAAUGUGCAAUCACUCUUCAAGAGCAAAACUUUUAACUCACAUUUUCAUUCAUAAAGGGACACUACAUGACCUUUUCUUUUAAAAGUGAGUAUUGAGAUAGCCAGGUUUUAAGCAUUACCCCAACCAGUGAUUUUUAUAUACUUGCAGCAUUAUUAUGCAUAAUCUACAGGCACCUCCCUUGCUCUUUAUAUGCAUCUAUUAAAUGAAUUUCCACUGGAAAAUUCCAGCUGGAAUAGAGAAUUUAAUCAUCUGUUCUCUGUGAAACUUUAAGUAACAAUUUCUGAAUCUUUCCCCAGAACACUGGCUUCCUUGAAGUCAUAGAGAUUUUGUUUUUAAAAGCCGUAAAUAAGACAUCGGAUUGUAAGCAGCCCUGAUGGAAAAGGCUAUCUUUGAGAUACAUUAGUAUUAGUUAAAACAGACUCAAAUACUGUAUUUUAUCCAUGCCUAGGCUUUGUUUCCUUCCAGUUCCGUAGCAUUAGUUUUCAAAACUGGGCUCAGGUUACAUUCUUUGCAUCAGGGUCAAUGAUGCAAACAUCAUGAUCACACAUGAUCGUUAAAUGUUUUACACAACUAUAAGGUUUGUCACUUCUGUUUACAAGUCACACCAUGUAGGUCCUGGUCUGAAUAGUUUAAGAAUUCCAAUUUAGGUUUUAUUGAGACAGUGAAGGUAGUGAGUUUGUAACUGAGCCUUAACCUCUGCCCAGAGUUAGGGCAAAAUUACAACAGAAGUUCAGUUUUCUUUGCAUUUCAGUGUAAGCAUCAUUGAUGUCUGUACAGUAUCAUUUCUAAAGUAAAGUAUUGCUCACUCAAAGGUGUAUGUCUGUGUUAAGGUGAAAGAUGAACGUCCUUGAUUUUAAAAUUACACUUUCCAUAAGGUUAUAUAUGAAAAAUGUUUUUUAAUUGCUUUCCUGCAAUCUUUAUACAUAAGUAUUAAACCUUUUUCCACU